CUAAGGUAAACAAUGUCAAUGUAAACAGUGUCGACAAAGAUGGCCGACCGACAGUAUCAUCUGAAGUUCGAUUCGUCCAAAGCUGCUGGAGUAGAUGCUUAUUUGGAAUAUAAAAGAAUUGUUGGAGAUGAUGAUGGAGGUGUUAUGUUUUCACCUGACCAAUAUGAAGAGUACAAGAAGAAGGUCCUUCCCAUGAGAAUGAAAAAUAGAUUAUUUACAAGUUUUAGUUCAUCAACUGGUAUGGAUUGUAAACUUAUUGGUCCAGAAACAAAUUGCUUCUGUAAACACCGAUACAAACAGCAUAAGACCGAUUUUGAAAAGUUACCAACAGACAGACCAAUAUUAUUACCAUGUAAAGCUAAAGGCUGUAAAUGUAGGUCAUACCAUUUUGUACCAUUAAAUGGUGGACAAGCAAUCCGUUGUACAUGUAAACAUACAGCUGAUGACCAUUCUGAGAUAGCACCCUUUGUCUGUAAAAAAGCUGCCUGUACCAAAUGUAUUGGUUUUAAGAGUUCAUUCUCGUGUGGUUGCGGGGAACCUUUUUCUGAACACAGUAUGAUAGUAGAAACCACAGAAGAACGGAUAGGUCGAGGUCAUCCUAUAGGUCAAGCUACACCAUAUGCUGCUAUGGGAGGAAUAACAGGGUUCUCAUCAUUAGCUGAAGGGUAUCAGAGAUUAGACCCCAGUGGUAGAGGUGCUCCAUCAGAAGAAUUCUUAGAACAGGCCAUAACAUCAUCAGAUAAUCCAUUUCUACGAGCUAAUGUUCAUUCUAUCAAAGCUUCACAGAUGGCUAGAGGUGCUGGAGCUAUACAAGCUCCUGUUAAUGAUGCUGUUUUUGAUGAUAUAACAGAAAGAGUAUCAGCUAUGCGAAGACCAGGAGAAGAAGAUAUGGACUAUUUUGAGAGAAGAUAUCAAGAGAGGUUAAAAGCAGAACGAGAAGCUAAGAAAAGACCAACUCCUCAAGCUGUUAAAGCUGGAACACGCAAAGCUGUAAUGCAAUCCAAGAGUGCAACUGGUAAAAAAUAAAUUUAUAUUUUAUUAUACUGUCAUUAUAUAAGAAUCUAUUCAUGUACAUUAUACAAUCAGUUUUUAUUUACAUGUAAGAAUUUUUCUUUAAAUAUUUUCCUGAUCAGAUCUUAACUUAUUCUUAUAAUAUGACCUGUUUGAAAAAAAAAAAUAAACGUUAGCCUUAAAAAAAAUUAUUUUAGAUAUGAUCUUUUAGAUAUUCGCAUGUAAAAUGUCAAUUCACUUAGUUUUCCGUACAGAAAAUCAGGUGAUAAUAUGUGAUAUCAGGUUUUAAUUACUUAAACCAAAAAGCAUGAUGUGAUUAUUAUGUUUUAAUUACUUUAUUCCAAAAGUUCAUUUAUAGAGUAGCAGUUAACUAUCUUAUUGAUCUGAUCAUAUUGUGUAGGGUACACAAUGUGUGAAAUUAUGAUAGAUGAAGCAUUUGUUAUUUUAGGACCAAAGCAUUUUUAUGCAUUUUGUUGAAGAUAUUUUAUUUAUUUUGAAUUGUAAAAGAAAUUAAUGAUAGAUAUAUAAUAUCUUUAUUAUUUGUUCUACAUGUAUGACUGUGAUAUUCAAAGAAAUUCUUAUUUUUAUUGUCCACACAUUUCAAAGAAAGCAGGGGAUUAUUAAAAUGGGUCUGUCUGUGACCCUUCGGUCUGUCCGUGUCGCAUUUUGGGAUACAUGUACUUCUAAAUAAGCUAAAUUUGAUUGGUUGAGCACAAUAAGUUUGAUUCUAAUUGACUGAAAUGAAAUGAAAUGAAAUGAAAUAGGGUUUAACGUCCUACUGUUCUGCUCCUAUACUGGGCUAAUGAAGACGGGCAUACGCCACACAGUGUGCUAUGAGGGAAAUUUUGCCCGGACAGCGGCACUACGGCCUACUCUUAUAUCGAAUUCCAACUGUCAAGGGAUCUUUUACGUGCAUUCCAAUGUAUACACGGGACAUCAGGUUUUCGUCUCAUCCGAAGGACUAGACAGCUGUCCUUGUCAGGCCCUCCGUCCUGCAUCACUGACAAGGGGGAACCACGCCGGAAAAUUUGGAUGAACUUUCUCGGCCAAUGCAGGGAUCAAACACUAAUUGAGUGAGACUGAUGAAACUUAGUAUAUAGUUUCAGUACAUGAUUAACAUUUUCUGCUUAAGUUUGUUUGUCCGAUGCUUUAUAUAAAAUAUGUGUUAAGAAUUAACAUGUGUCAUCAGUUUAUUUUCCCCCGAUUUCGAAGAAAACAAGGGUAUACUAAAAUGGGUGUGUCUGUUCGUCCGUCACACAAUAACUCUCUCCUAAUUGAGCUAGAAUGUUCAAACUUGUUGUAGGAGUUCAUGUGGUGAAUGUCUCGAUGGAGUUUCGAAGAUGAGCAUUUUCUGCUUUACAUUAAUACCUUGACUAAGUUCAAUGAUGAGUAUUUUCUGCUUAGGCUAAGUCAAUAUUUCAAUUUGAAACUUUGGUACACAUAAUUAAUGACAAUAACUCUCCUUCUAAUUGAGGUAGAAUGUUCAAACUUGGUGUAGGUGUUUAUUAGGCGAAUGCCUGGACAGUGUUCAGUCAUGUGCAUUAUCAAUCAUAAGCAGAGAUAAGCAAUUUUUAUGGUUAAGAGUGAUGAAAACCAGAGUCUAGAUUCAUUAUACCAAGACCUUCGACUAAUUUCGAUGAUGAUAAUUUUCUGCUGUAGCGAUAUGAUUGGUCAAGACUUUAGAACAUAACUCUGCUUUUAAUUACGGUAGAAUGUGUAAAAUUGGUGUAGAUGUUAUUAGGUCAAUAUCUUGAUUGAGUUCAAUGAUUAACAUUAUUUGCUAAAGCUAAGCAGAGCUAAGCAAUUUCAUUGGUCGUUGCAUUGAGGCACGAUAACUUUGAUUCUAUCUGAUAGAGAGUGAUGAAACUUAGUAUUGAGUUCAAUUGGAAUAAUGGGUUUUGAAAAUAGGAUUAAAAUUAUUUCUGAAAGACUUAUUCCCCUCAAACUUGUCAUUUUAGAUCAACUCUUAACAUAGAAUAAGAAUACAGACUCAAGUUCAAUGAUUAACAUUUGCUAAAGCUAAGCAGAGCUAAGCAAUUUCAUUGGUCGUUGCAUUGAGGCACGAUAACUUUGAUUCUAUCUGAUAGAGUGAUGAAACUUAGUAUAUAGUUGUUCACUACCAGGUACUUCAAAUCCUUGACGGAGUUCGAUCUUGAACAUUUUCUCCUUAGACUAAGUAUAAUCGGUUUAAUUGCUGGAUUCUGUUCAAAAAGGUAAUUGUGCAAUUAAUUACUGGAUUCUGUUCAAAAAGGUAAUUGUGCAAUUAAUUACUAUGUGUCCUCUGUUUAUUAUGCGAUUGCGGCAGGGGGACAUCAGCGAUCAGCCUCACUGUUGGCUUGUUUUGGGUUUGGAGUGGGGGGACAUCUGCCUCACUCUUGGCUUGCUUAUAAUGAUAUAUUUCUUUUAUUUAACAAUGGUAUAUAUUGUGUUAUUUAUGUUAAUUUAUAAUAUGAAUUGGAAAGUUGGAAACAAUAAUGGCGUAUUUGUUUUAUAUCAGACUUUUUAUGUUAGAAAAAUAUUCAUAAAUUCCUGAUCAAUUGAACAUAUCUAAAAAAAAAACACAAACUUUUGUACUCUGUACUUAACGUUUUAUUUCGUGUGCUAGACCCAUCUUUGUCACCUUGACUUAAUUAUUGUUGUUCCCCUCCACCGCCUUUUGAAAAAAGCAAGGGACUAUUAAAAUGGGUUCAACCGUUCGUCAGGUGAAAACCUUUACUGGGUUUGUUGAUGAUGAGCAUUUUCUGUUAAGGCUAAGCAGAGAUAAACUAUUUGAUUGGUUAAGACUUUGGAACACAAUAUCAUUACAUUGGUUCAAUGAUCAGCAUUUUCUGCUUAGGAGCAAUAAGCAAUUUGAUGGGUUGAAACAAUGGAAAACAAUAAUUGUGAUAGAAUGUUCAAACUUGGUUUAUAUGUUCAUUAGGUGAAUGCCUCAUCUGAGUUCCAUGAUUUAUCAUUUUUUGCUACGGCUAAGCAGAGAUAAGGACUUUGGUUGAUACUUAGGGACUCAAUAACUUUGAUUCUGAUUCAGUGAUUUGUAUCUAGUUUCACUACAUCAAAACCAUGACUAAGUUCAAUUAUGAGCAUUUUCUGCUUAGGCUAAAUUUGAUUGCUCGAACCUUUACAAAAAGAGAAAUUAUGUGCAAUGAAUUAGGGUGUCGUCUAUUUAUUUUGGCAUCGAGGUGGAGGACAUCUGCAGCCUCAUUGCUGGCUUGUUUUCUUUCAUAAAUUUCCAUCCAAACCAAGUUGAAAUAAAAAUUUUUUUAAAGACAA